AAAAGUUGGUGGAACAGCUACUGUUCUUCACACUCCAAUUACACGGAAAAAGUUAAUUAAUUUAUUUAUGCAUUUGGAAAGCAGUUCCUCUGCUACUAAUAAAAAUGAUAAGAACCUCCAUGUUAAUGAGAAUAUUUUGAUGGGAGUAGCGGAUAAGUUUUAUAAGUCUGAAGUUGCAUAUCAAGAUUUAUAUGAAGGCAUAACAAAAAGUGAUUCUAAGAUGAACAAGUGUAUUUUAUGUGUGGACGAUAAUUCUAUUAGUCUCGAGAACACAUUACAACAAGUUUCAAAACUUGGUUAUUCAACAAUUUCUGCAACUAAUGGUCUAGAAGCAGUCACAUUGAUUGAUUCGAAAUCCUCGAGUUCAUUCUUUUCAGAUGUAGAUCAGAUAAAGCCUAAUAAAGUUUCAUUAAUUUUAACAGAAUAUAAUUUACCAAUAAUGGCAGGAUUUAACGUUUCACAAGCAAUUAGGGCAAUGAAACCACCAAUUUCAAGUAUACCAAUCAUUGUUCUAACGGCUUUACCGGUAGAUGAGAUACGAAAUAAAUGUAUCGAGUCAGGAAUAAAUGAUUAUCUUGCAAAGCCUUUGAAAACUGAAGAACUUGAAAAGGUUCUAACUAAAUGGAUUGGUAAAAAUUAG